AUGGGCAGGAAGGGCAGCCGGCGUCUCCGCUGCCUUUCCUCCUCUCGCCGCCGCCGCCUCCUCCUCGGCAGCCGGCCGCCUCCUCGCCCCAGCUCGCCCCGCCGGCAGGAGCGCGACAGCUCGCGGGCAGGGCGCAGGUGCGAGGCAGGCCCGGCGGGGACGGGCUCGGGGACGAGCGGCCGCGCUGAGGGAGGGCGCCGGCCUCCCCCGCCGUCCUGGGAAGGGGCGGGAGGGCCCCCGGCCGGCUAUGGUAGCCCCCGGCCUUUGAGCGGCGUCGGCCGCGCCCCCUUGCCGAUGGCCGAAGCCUGGAGGUUGGAGGAGGACGAGGAGGAGCUGCGGGAGCUCGGCAGGAGGCACCGCCGGGCCCUGGGCUCGGCAGCAGAUCGCUCUGAAAGAAACAAACCAGACUGCCGCUCUUCGGGCCAAGGACCCUUGUCAUCCAUAAGAGCAGCAAUCAAGAGAUCUUCUCGGACUUCUAGCCACAGUGAGCAGCAGAGGGAUAGAAGGCGUCCUGAAAUUACAAUAGUUGCUGCUGAACCCCUGCGGCCAUCCUCCUGGUUUCCAGGUGCAAGUCCUGUUGCUCCUCAAGGAUUAGGAUUCUCUUCUGCUUCACGUCAUGCUCAGUGGAGGACAAAUGAGCUUAUUCCAGCUGAGCUUCCUCCAUCUUAUGAGCAGGUGAUAAAGGAAAUAAAUCAAGUGCAAGUGAAUACAACAAAUAACAAUAAUGCUGCUGCUCCUAGGCAUACCACUUCUUCUGCAACACAAACUGACUUUCCACAGGAAUUAAUCAGCCGUUUGCCAGGAAGUAAUGAAAAGAGCAGUGUGCCUACACACGGGGAAUCUGCCAGCUAUCCAGUAGGGCCAGGUCUCCUGAAACCUCCUAGGCCUUCUGCACCUCUCUUGAACAGAUCUUCAGAAAAUGAGACUUCCUUAUUAGUUUAUGAAAAUUCUGAAGAUCAAAGGCACCAAGAAAAUCCCAGUGCUGUGAUAUGUCCUGUGCCAAAGCCAAGAUCAAGAAGCAAUCUCAGACCUGUGGUCAAAAAUACUCAAAGUCAGAUAGGAGACAAUGGAGAAGAAGUGAACCAGUCUGACACGAAGAGGCAGCAACUUUCAGUUCAGCAGUCGUCUGUCUUAGAUGAUAGCUUACUAGACAAUCACUUGACAGUGGACAGCAUGAGUACAGGCAAGAGCCAAAGUAGUAUUGUUUCAAGGAUCAAAGUUUUUGAAACCCAAGGAGCUAAUGAUACCUCAGGAUUAUUAAAGAAACCAGAAAUUGCCCCUCGUACAUUCACCACAAGACCUGUACCUGCAAAGAAGCCAGUAGUUGCUCCAAAGCCAGGGGUAGACAGAGUUUCGGGAGAGUGGGAUGCAUGGACAGAAAGCAAACCAAUACCUUCUUCCAGAGAAUUGCAGCUUCAACCUGAAGCAGUAGGGAGUAGUGUUGUAACCAAACCUGAACUGCCAAAGAAACCAAAACCUGGCCUUGAAAAAAGUAGCAGUAGUGAUUUUCUUGAUGCAAAGAGUGGCUCAGUUGCAGAGAACAGCCAUGAACCAAGAAAGUUUCCUGUUCCCGCUCCAAGGCCUCUUAUUCCUAAAAAGUCACAUUCUGCAGAAAAUCCUGCCCUUUCUUUGGUCCCUCUAAAACCUAUCUCUGCUCCACCACGGACUUCUGUAUCUGCCCAGGAGAAGGUUUUCAAGUCUGUGGGGGAAUUGUCACCCACAGAGAACUCUUCAGCACCUGCUUCGCAAAGUAAGCUAGAUCUGGGAGGAGAUCUGAUCAGUUUUGAUGAUGAUGUUUUGCCCCUAAGUCCACCUUGUGCAGUUAAAGACAGCAUCAGUUGUGAAGCAGCAGCAGAUCCAUUCCAGUUCCUUCCCAAAAUCGAACCGGCAAAGGAGCAGGCGGCUCAACCAGCUGUAGCACGGAAACCCACUGUUAUCCGAAUCCCAGCUAAACCUGGAAAAUCUUUGGAUGAAAUCCCACAUAGCCCUCCUCCACUUCCUGCUGAAAAGCCUAUUGGCAACACCUUUGACAUCGCAGUGGGCAAACCCAACAGUGGUGACCUAGUAAAAAACAUGGAUUUGAAUAAUUCGGAACGGGCUGGAGCAUCUCAACUAGAACCUGCAUUACCCCCAAGGCCUGUGGAUGGAAAAAUUAUACCAGCUCGACCUCCCCCACCUAAAGGUGUUCCCGGAAGGCCACCUCCACCAAAACUCUCUGCAACCAAGACCUCCUCUCAGAAGGAUGCUCUUUCCCGAUCCACUUCUUACGUUGCUUAUGAUAAAAAGCCAAGCAAGCUCAGAUUGGGACCCAAGAGAACAAAAAGCCAAGUCAUAAAAAAACAAGAUCCAGCUUUACCUCCUAGACCUAGGCCAGGUCAUCCCCUCUACAAUAAAUACGUGCUGUCUGUGCCUCAUGGAGUUGCCAAGGAAAAUUGCCUUCCCAGAAACCGUGGAGAACUGUCUCGUAAGGAUUCAAACAGCUCUCCAAAAGUUUCUGACACAAGUGUUCCCCAUGCUGUAGCACUGCAUGAUUUUUCUGCAGAGCAUGCUGGUGACUUGGACCUUCGUUCUGGAGAUACUGUUUAUCUUUUGGAGAGAGUUGAUGCCAAGUGGUACAGAGGAAAAUGUGGGAAUCGCACAGGGAUAUUUCCUGCCAGCUUUGUUCAAGUGAUUGUUGAUAUUCCAGAAGAUGGCAAAAGGAAAAAAAUAUCCUGCUCCUCACAAUCCAUUAAAGGCCCAAGAUGUGUAGCACGAUUUGAAUACAUUGGAGAUGAGCGAGACGAACUCAGUUUUUCAGAAGGUGAAACAAUUAUCCUUAAAGAAUAUAUAAAUGAAGAGUGGGCCAAAGGAGAGCUCAGAGGCACGUCUGGAAUUUUUCCCUUGAACUUUGUGGAAGUAAUUGAAGAUCUGCCUGAAAAAGGUACAGGAGGAGCACUGAAGAAAAAGGCCCUUCUUCAGAACAACCGAUGCUCAGUAGAGUGGUGUGAAGCACUUCAUGAUUUUACAGCAGAAACCAAAGAUGACUUAUCCUUUAGAAAGGGAGAUUACAUCCAAAUACUGGAACAAGUAGAUUCUGAGUGGUAUAGAGGAAGACUGAAUGAAAAGGAAGGGAUUUUCCCAGCAGUUUUUGUUCAGACCUGCUCAGCCAGGGUAGAGACAUCACAGUCUCUAGGAGGGAAGAAAAAAAAAGCCCAAGCUCUCUAUGAUUUUCAUGGUGAAAAUGAAGAUGAGCUUUCCUUUAAAGCAGGAGAUUUUAUAACAGAGCUGGAAUCUGUAGACGAGGAUUGGAUGAGUGGAGAGAUACAAGGAAGAUCUGGGAUAUUUCCCAAAAACUUCGUUCAAAUUUUAAAAACACCAUGAAGUGUUGCCUGUCCUUGUACUCCCUGUGUCUGGGAGAGAAUGUUUUCACAAAGACAUCAAGGUAUUCUGACUAUCUAUGUUUUGCACUACUUAUUCUGGACAGUCAUAUGAGUAUCUUAAAGUCAAAAAAGAUUUUAGUCCUUUGUGACCACGUACUUAGUCAUGCUUCAGAAAAGCUCUGAGAGCAAAUACAUGGGCAAUUUUUAGUGGUCUCCAACUAGGGAAAUACUGUGGUGCAACACGAUUUUAACUUAAAUAGUAUUCUGUUAUGUUUACUAUCUGGUAUUACAUUUAUCAUGCACACCCUCUACAUAAAGUAAGCUUCUUUGAGCUUUUUAAGAACUGUUCAAAGUGAUGUUUUUAAUAUAUAAUUCCAGCAGUCGGUAUGUAGAUCAUGUUCAAUAUUCGGAUUUCUUUACUGCUUGACUCCCACGUUAGCAGGAUUCACUUAUGAGUUAGAUAACUUACAGUAGAAAAAUGUCAAAUUAAACUGGUAAGAGGAAAAACUCAAAUCCUUGUGUAGUAUUCUCCUGUUCUUAGCCCAAACAGAUCAAAAAGGGAAAUCAGAAAAUAUUUAAGUAUUUUUCCUCUUAACUAAUAGCACUUAAACUGGUUUGAACCAUGUUAAAUGUUUCUGCCCACCUCAAAUAUCUGCACCAGAUAGAGCCUUAGUUUUCCUACUAUUCCCUCUUUGUCAAGCACCACCCUACCCUUUCCCAGCAGGAGUUGUGAUGGACAGCAUUUACUCCAUUUUCUCAGUUCUCUUCCCAGCACAGCUAUACUAUUUCAACAAUUUGCUCCUCCACCCCCUUUUAUUUCAGUGGAAAGCCUGUCUGCAUUCAGUUUACAUUUCAUCUACUGCUCAAGCACUGGAACAUACUUCAGCAACACUAUUCCUAUCUGUAACUUGAAGGAUAUUAUGCAGCCUUGGUUUUGGCUUUCAGCAGGCACAGGGUUAGCUUUCAAGUUGUUAGCACGUACCAGCUAUACCAAGCAUCAUUAUAAAUGGUCUGUCACAGCUUUAAGGAUAAAAUGUCUUGCAAGACGUUGCUUCAAAGAAGCUCAAACAAAAUCAUUUAGUAAAGCAGGAGUGUGACUUGAGCAACAGCAACUGACCUUGACGGAGGUAGCUGGACCUUCUGACAGUAAAUGCCAUUUUGUGACACUUUCUGACAGAGUUGUUAAAUAAGUCUUGAUUAGCAGAUAACUUCAGACUGGAGGAGUAAAAAACUUCAUUGCAGUGCUGACAAUGUUCUAUUACUUUUGUACCCUAUAGGAAAAAGAAACAUCAAGUUGUUAUUAUGAGUCAUUACUUCAGAAGCAUAGAUAUGACAAUAUAAUACAAGGCCUUUCUCCCUUAAAGCUCUGGUUGUCAGAACGCUAGCAGCUGAGACAUUGAUGGAGAGUGUGGAAACUAGAACAAUCAUGACUCACCUUGAGAUGGUUCAGCUUAGUUUUGUGUUGGCUUACAGUUAUGUUGAUAGGAGGUCCAAACGUGGCAACAAGUACCUACUGGUGCAAAAAGCUUUUCCCUCCCUCCCCUUCAGCAAACAGGCAAUACAAGCUUCCAGUCAGAACUAAACUGAAGGGCUUCUUCCAGCAGCGAGCAGAUCUUGGAGAUUAGCAACACACUGGAGCUCAUCUGAACCGUCCUCAGCACUGCUUUGCUCUGCAGAAUUUAUCGUUACACCACAGUAGUUGUGAAACUGACAGAUAAUAGCAUGCUUUUUUCUCUAGAAGCUUCACUUUCUUCUAGAAGUGCUAUACGCUUAUGUGUCACCAUCGCGCGCCUCGAGGAUGAAGAUCACACAAAGCUUUAAUGAGCUACAAACUGGAUUUUUAAUUGCAUUAGAGGGAUUAACAUGAUAAAAACCAUUACAGCAUAUGUGCUAUCCUAGAAAGAUAGAAACAUCACAUUCUGUACAGCUGUUAUUGAGUUUUAACAUCCCAACAAGCCUGUCCUGAACUCCUGUGGAAUUCAACUUAAAUUGAAGUCCACCUCCGAGGCAACUCUCUCCAACCUCUGCUACUUGGAGCUGCCCAUGGCUCUUUAUACAGAUAAGCCAGCCCUUGCUUUCUGUAGGACUUAGGCAAAACAAAUGAGAGAUUCCUCCAAUGCAAUGAAUACCUAAGAGAGAUUUCUAACUUUUUGACUUAAACUGUGGGCCACCCUCUUGAAACUCGCUUCUUCCAUUAUGAUCUCUACCAAGACAAAUUCUCAAUUUCUUAUAAGCAGAACAUGAGAAGAACAAAAAAAACCACUCCACCAAACACAUUACCAGGCCUUCAUAAAAUAUACAAUCACUGUGGUGGGAGGAGGAGGCUUAAGUGUAUAAUUUUUACUUAUUGUUUGCCUGGCAGUUUUUUAAGAUUUUGAUACAAGUCUCCAAGUAGAACUGAAUUUUUAUAAUUUUUUUUUCAAUUUCCUCUCCCACAUUUUUAUAGCUGUAAUAUUGACCAGUUGCUUUUCUAUCUUCUACUGAAUGUUUUAAGUCAGUGCCUGUUAGUAGGUAAGUUCACUCCUCUUACAUUAUUCAUCUCCUCCCAAUCUUGCUGGGAAGGAAAAGCAGCAGAGCCUUAAAAGUCUGGGCAAGGAGUGCCACCUACACGCUGUUUAUGUUACUGCAGACAGCUAACCUAUUAAAAGUUGUAGUUAGUGGCUUGCCUUACACAGAAGUGACUGUUAAAGACUUCAUGCCUACUAUCACCAUGAAACUGCAUACAGAUGAUAGAAUUAAGGUGUACAGUACACUGCAGAAAAGGAAGAAUGAAGUUGAACACCCUUCCUAACUGCAGUAUAGUAGCAAGUUUCAGCUGUAACCCCAAAAUUCAACCAGAGCCCCAAACAUCAAGUGUAAUAAGAAAAGCUUUGAUAAGCAAAGCUUCUAUUGUUUGCCCCACCUCUGGAACUAUCUUCAGGAAGAGGACUUUGUUCUAUGUGCAGAUAACAGUGUCAUAAAUAAGUCUUUGUUAAGUCUAGUACAUUUGUUAUGGUACCUCUGUAAAUUAAAAAUGUAUUUAACCAAUAAAUUUUUAUAAUUA